AUGAAUAUGGCGGUCGCUGAAUUUAAGCGCGCAGCUGCCGACAAUCGAUUUUUACGUUGUGUUACUUUUAUAAUUGUUUAAAACUGACAAAAUGCCUGAUACAAUAAUAGAAUAUGCCCUUACGGGGAAAUUGGACAUGACAUUGUUGAUGAAAUGGUUAAAUGAUGGGGUGAUUGAGGACACACCAGAGGAUUGUCUCUUACAUUGUUGCAACAGGAACGAGUUCGUUGCUUAUUUUUUGUCGUAUUUACGAAACCAAACUGAUAGCAUAUUGCAAACAAACAGCAGUGCAAUACAAAUACUCCAAAACAACACUCCAGAAAAACUCAGCACACACAGAAAGCACAGACGGUCAAUUAGUGACCCGACCAGCGAUGACAGAAACAAGGAUAGCCUCUCAGUCAAAACUGACCGUCACAGCAGCCAUGAAUCACCAAGCAAAGACCGCAAACGAGGCAGGAAGGUUAAAACCAAACUGUUUCCAGAGGAUCGUAAUCAGUCAGUGUCUUCAGAAGAGACCAGACUUAGUGCUGGUGUUGAUAGGUUGUUUAUAUCUAGCACGCCAAUAAAGAAUGGCAUUAAAUCAGACUAUCCUAAUUUGGCGAGUCCUGUGACGCCCAACAGAUCUUAUAAUGAUAGAUGUGAUACCCCACGUCUUAGCCACAGGCAUUCCAGGUCCAGUGAGAAGAGUUGUCUUGGUGACUACAUAGUUAACGUAAAAAGUUCAAAAAAGAAGAUUAAGCCAGUAAAGACUGACAGCGAUACAAAAACAGAAUUGGAUAUAAGCAACUCGGAAAUGUUCCCUGAGAUUGGAGCUAAAAAAGGAUCAAAAGAGAAACGAAGGAUAAAACCUACUUAUGUUGAUCCACAAAAAAGUGUUUCAUUGAAUUUUUCAACAGAAUGUUUCCAGCAACCAUCUCCUUUAGCUUUGGAAGACAAUGCUGUGUUCAAGCAACAAAAACUUCAGCCUAAAGAAUCAUCAAGUAAUUUUGAAACAGAACGGAACAUACUAAAAAAAGAGAGACAUAAAUUAAUGGAGAAAUUUAAUAUAUUGAACACCAGUUCAACUCCAAAAACUCCACUGAUGCCUCAAAUAAAGGUUACACAGAAGGAUUUAAGUGAAAAAAGUCAAAAUUUUGCAAAAAUAGACAUUAAAGGAAUCAUAAUGAAAGAGAAAGUAGAUUUAUUAGUUGAUAUAUAUGAUGUACUGUUUAGGAACAAUUUAAUAUUGAGUGUAAAUACUGAAAUAUAUUAUUUAAUAUCAUUACUUCUCUCAAAGCAAUGUGAGGAGGACUGUACUACAGCUGAAAACAAGUUGACAGAGAAUGAUUAUGAUUAUUUACUCAAAUCAAUAAAUAAUUGCACAUAUUUUGCUGUGAAAUCUCUUUGGAAUCUACGGAGUGUGCUAGAAGUAAUAUUGGAUAAGAAUUCAUUGAAAACUUUAGGUGAAAAUAAGAAAGUUCGGAGUUUCUUCCCAGAUCUAGCCAAAUUCCUUCUCAAUUGCUAUGGACUGAGGUGUGAAGCAGAAUCAAAUCAAUACAAGCCUCGAACUCAAGAGCAUCGUAGCUCAAACGGCGUGAUAUGCUUUAACUUCGAGACGGACAAUGUGGAAAAUUUCCCUUCGAUGCUCAGCUUUCAAAACUUCAAGAAGCAGAGGGACAUGUUUUACGAGAUUAUCAGAUGGUACCAGGAGUCCCGCUCGCUGGGCGCGGGCGCGUCGCGGACGUCGUUCCGCGCGCGCGUGAAGUCGCUGACGAGCGGCGCGCUCGCGCCCGCGCCCGCCAACCACGCGCACCUCGCCACGCUCUUCACCAAGCACAUGCUGGCGGAGUGUCCGCCUAACAACCAGGAGUCGAAGCUGAGCAAGCUGCAGCGCCGUCUGACGUGUCCCGCUGCGCCCGAGUCCAACAGACUGCCGCAGUUCACCGACAAGGAGCUAUUUUACAAGGAUUUUAUAAUGAACGCCGAGAGUGAGACCUUCAGGGUGCAUUUACGCGAUGCUCUGUCUUCAGAGAUCAUCGCUUUGGACGCCAUGCAGGUCACCGUCGAGGAUCGAGGGAAUUCCAACACAGACAUAACCAAAGACUAUGUCAACCUGACAAAGAAGCUGUCUCUCCUGUCCAAGUUCCUGGGCUUUCUGACGUCACUUCCGUACAGUACGCAAGAGUACAGCACCAAGGGCCUGCACAUCAGAGAACACGCGCCGAGCUACGCGGCGCCCAAUGAUAAGGUGCUUGAGAAUGAUCUCGCGAAGAGGAACUAUAGCCAACCGAACAUCAACCUAACCGGUAUGCUAAUAAAGGCUCAAGAGAACGGACGUCUGUCCAUAACGAUCCCCUGGAUAGUCCACUACCUAUCCAUGCUAGACUACACCAGCCUCCGAACGAAAUACUACCGGGACCUACUCAAAAUACUCUUCAACAUUUACACCAAUACCUUAAAAUUCAAUGAAAACCUAAAGAAGAACACAGUGAUAUACCUAAAAUCAGUGUUGGGGUGGUUGUUUGACUUACCCCACUUCCCUCAAGAGUUGUUCUACGAAAAACAAGACAGUGCCAGCAUUAUCGGUGAAGUUAAUAUAGAUUCAUGCGAUUUGGUGGACGAGUGUGUUAUAUUUGAUUUGUGUCCGUACUUGCGCGAUGUGAAUGUGUUACUGUCUACAUGCAGAGUGUCUCAGGUUCAAAAAGUGUGCAGCUAUAGACACAUAACGCCAGUCAGUCUCAGUUUGAAUCCUGAAGACCGAAUUAAGAGCAAAGAGAAGGAGUUGCAGAGUCGUCUAGAAGAAGAGUUGUUGAAAAGUCAACCGGCUUCAACACGCCGCGUGGUAGAACUUGUUAUAGAAAGAGUGACAGCUGCUGCUGUCAGAGAGUUAUCUGCUACAGUACUCGUCCAGGCGAGGGAAACGGCUAAGGAACAAGCGAGACGUCUCGUGAUGGCUCGGGCGGGGGAUGAUCCGGCGCUGAUCCUGCAGUCGCUGCAGGCGCUGUACCUGUCGCAGCUGUCGUCGCUGCGCGCGCUGGCGCCGGCGCGCGCGGCGGGCGCGGUGCGCGCGCGCUCGGCGGGUGCGCUGGGCGCGCUGCUGCCGGCCGCCGCCGCCGCCGCGCCGCUGCACGCGCUCGCCGCUCGCGCCGCCGCCGCGCGACUCGCGCAGUGGGUGGCCGACAACUGGAACACUACCGCGGUCCUGUGCAAAGACAUAGAGAGCGAGAUGCAAACGUUCUUAGUUUUGGGAGAACUCGCGGCAACGCCCACCCCCAAGCCCAGCAUAGACGUUGACGCGAUGACGCUGCCCGCCGAACAGUUCGACGCGGUGAACGUCAGCCCGGCGGCUUGCAUCAUCAAUCUGAAGGAGGUAGUCUGCCAGCUUCUAGAAGGAGAAGAGAUCCAGGACCUGGGUCCAUUAUUAUCAUUAUGCGCGAAAAGUUGUUUGCCCAAUAAUAUAUUCUGUCGUGCGCCGACGCAGCGAGCGAUACUGCAGCUGAGCGUCGACCUAUGUAUUGUUUAUGUAAGCAAAAAACCAAAAGAAGUUAACGACGUUUUCCUUAACAACCUCCACAUGGUUUGGAAUGUUUGCUGCCCAGAUCGGAAACCACCAACUCCUCAGGAAAUAACCCUGCCAGAACGUCGAGAAGACCUUUCUCCGGAUUUCCGUAACUUUGAAGACGAAGAAAGACCUCCCACGCCGAUCAGUGAUGACGAGCAACAGACUAACGGAACAGAACCUAAAGAACUAAAGAUCAUCACGGAACCAAUAAGACCAGAGCCAGCAGUGCAGCCAGAGAACAGCAAAAAAAUAAAUACAAAUCCAGAGCUGUCGAGACAAGAACAAACAGAGCCCGCAAAUGAAUUUCUGGAGUUCUUCGACCGUAUCCUUUGUCCAAGGAACAUAGUGUUACUGAGUGCGUCCAUGUGUAGUGAUGUGUGGGAAGCUAUGGCUACAGUUUUAGUGUUUUUGUUGAAGAACUAUUAUCUAAGUGAGGAUUCGUUGACGGAGCAGUGCUUAGCAGUAUACAGGCAAGAUUGGCCACAGACAACACUUGAAUAUCUCUCCACUUGCAUGAAAUCUGUGUCGUCCAGAUGGUCCAGGUCUUCAACGGGGAAGUUCACGCUGUUUCUGGACUUCCUGGCGGAGUACUGCGGGGAUAUGGACUACGAACCCAUAGACUGAUCACAUAAUUAUGGCUCUUAUAUUUACCCAGAUGUGUAAUUUGGGUGAUCAAUAUAACCUGAAUAUUUAAGGCGUUUGGGCUAACCAGGGGGUAUUGAAAUAUCCAGAUAAAACAUCAGGAAGUCAUCAGAAUCGUAUUAGAACCUUUUUACGGCUAAACACGAGGCCAUACUGAUGAAGGAUUUGUUUUUCUGCGAAAAACCUGUCUAAUGCGAUGAGCAGAGUUAACACACCUUCGAAAAUCGUGUAAAAAUUAAUUUUAAAAGAUUCUUUGCACUUUAUUCUCCAUUUAAAAAUAUAAUUUUCGUGGCUGUGAGAAGAUAUAAAAAACUCAUUUGUUAGUGGUGGGUUCGGCCGCCCCGUGCCCGUGGUUUAAGGAUUCCAUUAUAUGUUUGCUUUUAACGUAGUUGAAAUGCGCGACGAUAAUUUAAUGUGAUUAUAGCGAUAUGACUUAUGAAUAUACUAGAUUUUAGGUUAUAACGCUAGUAUAAGACCAGAACUUGAUUUGGAUCUAGAAUACGACGAAUUUCAAAAGUAAUGUUUCGACAUUUUGGUCCUUCGAACCGGAUAUGACAGAAAGUACAUUAAAUCAACAAUAUUAUAGUCAAGUGGAAUAACGUUUAUUACUAAAAUGUUUCAUGACUAAAAGUCGAAACUUGAAAUGCCGUCAUAUUGAUUGACCAGUGAGUCAGGCGCGGAUCUAGGCGUGACACGCUAACGUGUUUGCCCCUUCGCUUGUGAAAAGUAAAAUCUAUAUCAACAGUUGAAACGCUGAUUGACUUCAGCGGCAUUUUUUUUUCGAAAUAUUUUAACUAGUUUAAAAAACCUAGAAAAAAGUGCUGAUUUUAAAUAUGUAUGAAACUUAAACUCGCAAAAAAUGUCAGCUUAAAUCAAUUACCUUUUCAACCGUCGAUAUACUCUGUAUUGUUAUCUCUAACAUAGUAAUUGUCCUCCGAACACCACCACUCCCUCCCGUCCCUAAAAAAAUAUAAAUUGUCCCUCAAAUAAAACAAGAGUAGCUUUGUAGAGCAGCACUGCAAAUGAAUUAGGCAACUGAUAAGUCUUCUCGUAUAUAUCUUAGAGUCGUAUUAGUGUCGUCCCUUAGUCAUAACCACGAAAAAACACCAAUAUAAUAAUUAAAUAAAUAAUUAUAAAGUAAUAAAAUUCUAGUAGGAAAAAUACUAGACUUCGGUAGACAAAGGAAUUAAUUGCCAAAAUACUUUUAAUGGUUACGCAUUUAAAAAUGCUUGACAGUUUAAAAAAUAUUCGAUAAAAUCAAACCAUAAUUAGUCAUGAUGCAACAGUUCACUAAGCUCCGUAGGUAUCAACUAGGAGAUAUUUUACCAUAAAGACCCAGCUCUAUGAGAUUGUGUGCUCUGUCUCGUAGAUACAACAACAGAGAUGUUCGCAUCACAGGUUUACCCAAAGACAGCAUUUAAACUAAUCAAUAGAAUACUUUAUUGCAUUAUACAUUGUUGUCAUUUUACUGCGCUAGCGAGGGUAUGCAUCUUCGUUCAAAGUACCAAGGAAAUCAAUGCGAAGUAAAGCAUUGAAGUUGUAAACAUUUCUAAAAGCUAUUAGUUUAGUGUUUUAUUUAUAUAUUCGAAUAAUUGGACCUUUUAUCGAUUAAAAUCACGUCAAAUGUUCCAAAGUAGCAAUUUACCAUCUUGUAGAUUACAUUAGAUUGUUAUUGCAUUUCGUCAUUGCAAAGACAUGGAAUGGUAAAUCUUUGUUUCUACUGUGCGAGUUACUGCCCACAGUCCAUUCAGUCCAACCCACAACACAAUUAAUUCGCGUUCCAGACCUGUAGGAACUCUGGUGCCAGCUACUAUAAACUCCCCAAGUACCGACAGCACAAUUAUCGCUGCAGUAAUUAAAACAUCUUAUUGUAAAGUAACUCGUACUGUAACAAGGCAUCGGGUAUGAAUUCUUUAUGAUAAACUGCGUUGAGUCGGUAGUCACUAAGUGUAGUAUCCAAGACCCUAAUUCUAUAACACCCUGUAUAUUCUUAGAGACCGAAUUACGGAAUCGACUAAUUUAUAACCUUUAUAUGUGCGGUAUAAUAAUUUGAAAUGUAACCGUCGUUUUCAAUAAAGAAUUCCAACAGCUAUUUUGAUUCAUUAUGCAAAUUGAUAAAUCAGAACAAAGUAUUUUUGACACGCUUACAAAUCCUUUUUUGAUUGGUUCAUUUUCGGGAUCGAAGCAAAGAUUAACAUUGGGAUUAUUUAUUGAAAACGGCUGUUAAUUGUCAUAGAGUAUACAGUCCCUUGGAUUCGGAUAGCAACUUCCAACGAAACUUACCCACACUGCCAAUAUUUAAGUGUGAAUCAUGACAAUUUACACUUUCGUGAUUUUUUUUAAUGUGACGUAGUCUUUAGAUUAAUAAGGCUUAGAAAACCAGUGAACAUAGAAUCAAAGCUGCUUUUUUAUUAUAUUGCUACCAUUGAGGCUGAUUUGUCAUGAGUUAAUUGUAUAUGGCUAAGUAAUAUUUGAGUAGGCAACUGAUUCAAAAUGUAAUCAAGCUUUAGUGUCGAAGGGUCCAUAAAACUCGACUCCUGCCGGCUUGCCUUUAUAAUUUAUAUAAAAUCUUAUUAUUAGAACGAUUUACAGACCGUAUUUAUAUUAGAACCUAUAUGUUGUGUCGGGUUACCUUUCGGAAAAUGUAUCCUUCGCCAGUAGUAGCUUUCCAUAAAUCACCAAAAUAUGCCUAUAUAAAUAAUUUCUAAGCAUUAUUAUUCUAAGCUAUAUUAAAUACUUUUUAAUCAUAAGUAAUGUGUAUCCGUCAAGUACAGUGUAAAAUAUUAAAUGUACAAUAUAUUAAACGAAGUGUACAAAGAAUUUUUGUAAUGAAUAAUUAAUGUACUUAUUUAUAAUUUUUUCACUGUUGUGUUUGCAGAAGGUUGCCGCUUAUGUAUUUACUUGGCAUUAUAAGCAUCUAAUAUAUCAAGAUGACGUGCGCAUUACAUUACAAUACAUGUAAUUCAUAUUGAUGGUAUUGCUAUUUUUAUAGGCAGGCGCUUAUGAGCAGAGCGAUAUAUCUUUUUUUAUAUUGACACGGCAAGUGACCCCAUUGCACUUGAUGGUAAGUGGAGUGGGGUCCAAUAGAAUGUCGACUGACGAGAGUUGAUUACCCCUCAGCAGUCGACAUAACUAUGCCGGCUUGUUGAAACCGAAUAUACACAGGCUGAUCCCGGAGCGCGUCACACUUACGUGGACCACUAUGUGUUGUAACACCUUGUGUAUGGUGGUCAUUAUCCGAGCGGAUAUAAAAUAUAUCCUCCCACCAGCAAAGUUACUGUAUAAUUCAGUGGUAGAUGUAAAAAGAAUUAUGUUGCAUAUUUAUUUGUCCGAGGGGGUUACUCUUUAAACAUAGCAAAGGAUUUGUGAGUAAUGCAGGAUAAUUUACAUCGAGUGCUAAAACUGAUUGCGAUACAACGAUGUGUACGUAUUAUUGGGCGCGACAAAACCCCGCCCAUAUCCUAGUCCUUGUUUCUUCCCUAAAGUGUAUGGAUGUUAGAUUGUUUACUGGUCUACGCUAUAGGUACAAAAAUGUAUACCCAUUAGUCCUACAUAAUUCUGAAACUUAUUUUCAACUACAAGAGACCACAAAUGGGUGUAGCAACGGGAGGGAAGAGGUGAGGAUAGCUUCCACUAUAGAAAUGACCCUGGGCCUUACGUGAUGCAGCCCUUGGUAUUUUUCAAUUCGGUGGCUUAUUAUUUCUACUCACCAGUUGCCCUUCUUAGAGAAAAUCCAUAACUACGCAUAACGAGUGGUCUUUCUACCACACCCCCCAUACACUUAAUAACAAGCAAUUAACAUAAAUAUUGUCGAUGUAAAAUGUUUGUAAUUAUAGUUUCUUUUUGAUAUGACUAUGAUUCCAUUUAUUUAUUGUACGCUCUCGAUGUAAAUUGACCACAAUUGCUAUAUGCAUAAAAUUGUUUGCCGAAGAAGGAAUAAGGAGUAGGUAUAUGUUCUUGUAAAGGUUAAGCGAGGUUGUUUGAAACCAUUUGUACGUGGAGUGUUAAAUACAUCAAGCGUCAGUUCAAGUGACUGUAAUGAUUCAGUUCAGGUUUAUGGUGAAUUAGAGAAUUGAUGAAUUGGUUCUCAAGAUAUUGGACAAUUAAAUUUACAAACUUUAAUUGGACUGGUGUCGGGUUGAUCCAAAA